AUGGGGAUGCAGGCUCGUCCUGUCACGGAUGACCUGGAUGCCAAGACACAUCUAUCCCCGAGACAACGACCACGGGACCUAGACUCACCAACGACACCUGCAGCUCCUCCAACCGUCUCGCCAAGCUGUAAUAACAUGUGCCAAACUUCACCACAACCCAUCGACAACCUCGUUCAUGAGCUCAGCAAACAGACUUUGUUUCCCGAAUUUCUUCGACGCCCGACCCGGCGGUUGUCAGGACCAUCACCAUCCAUCAUCGCAGAGUUGUCGGCAGUUGCCCUUGAGGUGGAUAAUGACUGUAACAUGGAUAUUUCCAUGGACGAUGCCAAGGAACAUGAACCAGUUGUUGAUUGGAAGAGAUCAAGGCGGCAAUGGCACAGUCGUUUCGUCAACAACCCAAACAACGCUCGCGCCAUGGAGGCUCGUCUAAGAGAUAUGAUAUCAGACAAAACGCAAUGCGACAUCCGCCCAUCAGCGACGGCAUCAUCUACCUUAUCAGUGCCCACGUACCCGGAUCUACCAAAGAUCGAAGCAGACAACCGCCAGAAUCUUGAACAGUCCCUCCGACUUGAAACGGAUGAGGGUUUCGGUGAAGACGACAAUGACGAGCUGAUGCAAAGAGCGUUAUCAGCUGAAAAGCAACGCUUGCUAGGCGGUUCUGACGGUCUUCGACACUACGGAGCAUUGAGGUUCAGAGGCUCGGCCGAGACGGCUCUUCGAUGCCAAAACGUCGUUAGGCAUCGGCCACGCAUGCGGAAGCGCAAGGGACCAGGGCCAUCUCAGGAGCCGCGCCCAAUGAAAUCAACAAGCUCGAGAGAAUAA